AUGUCUGUUAUCUGUGCCUCUGAAGGAAGCUCGCCAGUGCCCACGCCCUUAUUCUCCGCACCUACGACUCCCGAGACCGAGCGGGAUGAAUACUUCGACGAACCUUCCCUGCCAGUGCAGGAUGACGCCCCAUAUGUACUCGUCACCGGCGGACUAGGAUACAUCGGCAGCCACACCACUCUGGAGUUGCUCAAGGCUGGCUACAACGUGAUCAUUGUGGAUGACCUGAGCAAUAGCUUCCACCACGUCUUCGACCGGAUUCUGCUGGCAGCCAAGCAGCACUUUGACCGGACGGUGGAGUCAUCACUAGACACCAGCGAUAGCAUCACUCAGUCCCGAUCCAGAAUCGUAGGAGUGAUCCACUUCGCCGCUUUCAAGGACGUCAACGACAGUCUGCGCAAUCCCCUCAAGUACUAUCACAACAACGUCACCGGAUUAGUAGACCUAGUCAGCCUACUCGCGGACCACGACAUCAAAACCUUCAUCUUCUCCUCCUCAGCCAACGUCUACGGCACAUUAGCCCAGAACCACGGCACCUUGCGCGAGGAGCACUGCGUGCACCAACCCGAGACAUACCACAGUGUCUCCUCUGGAGAACCUAUAACAUCCGAGCAAGGCUGCACAGGGAUCACAAACCCCUACGGCCGCACCAAAUGGAUCGGCGAAGCCAUUCUCUCCGACGUAGCAGCCUCCGAUCCAUCCUGGACCAUCAUAGGUCUCCGAUACUUCAACCCCAUCGGAUGCGACCCCUCGGGUCUCCUGGGUGAAGAUCCCCGCGGGACACCCUCGAACCUCGUCCCGGUAGUCGUGCAAGUCCUGACGGGUCAACUACCAGCCUUAUCCGUCUACGGAACCGACUGGGAGACUCCCGACGGCACCGCCAUCCGCGAUUUCAUCCACGUGUCGGACGUGGCGCGCGGACAUACGGCAGCCCUGGCGGCAGCGCUAGCCGGACAGGUAAAGACGAAUUUCCGCACGUUUAACCUGGGGACCGGGCGAGGGCAUUCCGUGGCGGAGGUGGUGUCCGCGAUGGAGGGCGUCAGUCAUCAGUCUAUUCCAAGACGGCUGGCGGAGAGGAGGCCCGGGGAUGUGCAGGAGUGCGUGGCGGUUCCGGAGAGGGCAGCUUGUGAGUUAGGAUGGGAGGCGGAGAAGUCCUUGCAGGAUGCGUGUGAGGAUUUGUGGCAUUCAUUGAGGGGUGGGUCGGUGGAUGUGAUGAUGGAUUGA